AACAUCCGGUUGAAUGCUAACACUGCUUGUUUGUUUAUUCACGGAAAAUAAAAAUUCUGAAAGAAAUUGGCAACCAAGAUGGCGGCGAGGUGUAUGCAGCCUUUCCUCCUGAAGCACCAGGACAGCGGAUGUGAGCGCCAGCCCUGCCCUAAAGGUGACGUCUGCAACUUGAACCUGCGACAGGUGUUGGGCUUCAAUGGGGAGGUCCGAUGUGGCUUGAUCAUCCACACAACAGGUCAACAGGUCAUUUACCCUGUAGGUCACAACAUCGUUAUAGAGGAGCUGGUGGGACCUAAGACGGGGGCACAACAGAUUCUUACAGGGCAUACGAACAUGAUCACUGCCCUGGCUCUGUCGCAUGACGGUCAGUUUCUGGCCAGUGGUCAGUUGAUCUCACACGAGAGUAAGGCACCCAUCAUCAUGUGGGACUGGUGCAGCAAGCAGAAGCUGAUGGAGUGGGCGUUACAUAAGACGAAAGUGGAAGCCUUGACCUUCACCUGCACCAACAAGCACCUGAUCUCCCUGGGCGGGCAGGACGACGAGACGAUCGCCGUGUGGAGCGUGCUGGAGCGGAAGCCGGUCUGCGGCAAGGUGGCCACGCUCAAACGCUCCGGCAUCAUGCACUGCGUCGCUGCCUCCAAGAUCAACGAGUCGCUCUUUGCCUCGGCCGGCGACAGCUACGGUAGGAUCUGGACGUACAACAUCAACGAGAGGACGCUGGAUCACAUCGAGUUCCGGUUUCACGCCCUCUCCAGGGUCAUCAUCUGUAUGGAGAUAAUUGAUUACGAGAGCUCAAAGUUUCCCAUCAUUGUGUGCGGGACAACAUCCGGUGACAUCAUGGUGUUUCAUGGAACUGGGGGAGCUCUUCAGUGUGUGGUCCCCACUAAACAGCUGAGUUCUGGCAUCACAAGCCUGAGCUACACACGUAUGCUGGACGACAACGUCUUCUGUCUACUGGUGGGGACGGGGGAGUGUAAGAUGGGCUACUACACACUGACCAUGUCCUUCGUCAAGGGAAACUCGGCGGCAGGGAAAAUGGUGCCGUACAAAGGCUUCAAGAUGUGGUCCAGUGAUAGAGACUCCUCGGCCAUCACAUCCAUCUCAAAGGUGGGGGUGGGGCACCAGUUCUACAUCGGCACCAAGAACUGCCAGAUCUACAGGUUCAGCCUGGCCAAGUGGACGGCAGAGCUGGUCCGUACCAGCAGUAACAGGCCUGUCAAUUCCAUCACGUUCCCGCGGGCAACAGACGAGCUGAUGGUGGUGGGGGAGUUUGAGAACGUGCGCGUGUUUAACCUGAAGAUCAUGCUCGAGGUACGCAGGUACUUCCGGGCCAACCGGAACUGUCACGUGGUCGCCCUCAGCCACGACGGUACCAACAUCUUCACGGGCUGGGACAACGGCGAGACCAUCAUCCUGGGGUUCGAACCCACGGGCCUGGGACUGAGGGAGGUGUACCGUAUCGAUUCUUCACAAAAACAGGCUGUGACGGCUCUGUCCUUGACCUCGACCUCUGACCUACUUGUCACCGGCGGUAACGACGCCCAGUGCCGCGUCUGGCGUCUGGUGACUGACCUUGACAGCAGAUGUAAGAAGCUGCACCAAGGCCUUCUGCUGUACACGAUGCUGGACCAAUCAGGACCGAUCACAUCCAUCAGGGUGUCAGACGACGACAAGAUGUUCAUCUCUACCAGUGUGGACGGGACGGCGGCCAUCUACAACCUGACCAAGGGCCUGAGACAGCUGUUGGUCAAGGUCAACAACAGCCUGACCGGUGCUGACUUUCUGACGGACAACUGCCAGUUCAUCGUCAGCGGUGCCAGCGGAAAGAUCUUCAUCUAUGAGGUGAGUCAGUGGCAAGAUCUUCAUCUAUGA